AUGCCGGAUCUCAACUCGGUACCUCCCUCCCCUCGCGUCCUGGCCAGCGCCACAGCCUCUCGUCGUCAGUCCGGCAACCUGCAGUCCGCAUCCUCGCCGCCGCAGUCCGCCUCCUCAGUCAAUAUCCUGCCCUCCAACCAGGCCGCCGUCAACCAGCACGUUCCGGCCCAGCCUCUCCCUUCUCCCGGACUCCCGCCGCAGUCGCCCAUGGGCUCGUCCGAUGCCGCCGUCGGGCCUGGCCCGGGUCCUCUGCGACACCCGCGGCCGCUGACGGCUUCGGAACUUCACAUGCAGCUGGAAAAGGAGCAAGAGGCAGUGGUGAAUCGUCUGACUCGCGAGCUCUCGCUGCUUCGUGCCGCCCACAAUGCGUCGGUUGCCUCCAACGCCUCAUCGACAUCGAACGCUACCUCUUCCCACGACCCCAUCGUCGAAUCCUCGCUCUUGUCUGGCUCCGGGUUCUCGAUUCCCACCUCUCGCCGCCACCACAGGACCUCGUCCUCUACCUCCCAGACGUUCCCCAACCUCGCCUCGUCGUACGAAGCCCGAGCUCGAACGUCCCAUCCGGCAUCGCUAUCACGUCAGAAUAGCAGUGCGUCUCGCAGAAGCCAGACUGGAUCGCCCGCGCCGCCCAGCUCGAUAGAUCCGUCCACCUACUUCCAUCAACAGAGGAACCCGGCAGCCGCCAGCUCCGUCAUGAUGAGCUCCGUAGUUGCUACCCCUGGCAGCUCCGUCCCCGGUGACCAGAUGAGCCCCGGGCUGCUGCCCGCAACGCUGCGUUACGAGGAGACGGCCUUUUACCGACAGGAGCUGGAUAAUGCAAAGAAGGAGAACGAGGCCCUCAAGCGCCGCAUCCGAGAGCUGGAGAGAAUCGUUCGAGAGAGGCGGUCGAGUGAUGCGAGCAGGAAUAGGAGCGACAGCGCGAGCACCACGGCGAGCGCAAGCAUUGCACCGGGCGGAGGCGUCAGCAUUGCUGGCCCUCGAGACAGCAUCUAUGGCCAGGGCCGAGACCGCGAGCGAGCCAUGCAGAGCACCACGAGCUUGGCUGGCGGAGUCAGCAUUGGCGUCCCCGACGAGGAGGUCAAGGUAGGCGAGAGUGCCGCAAGCGGACGACCCGUAAACGACAACUAG